AAUCUACGAGAGAAGAAGGUAAAACUCGCUUUAGUUUAACUUGCUAACAGUCUGCAUGCACACAGGCUAACGGCUAACAUGAUUAGCUGCUAAACAGUAGCGUCAAUAACAUGUAAUGACGACCACACUUCCUGUCGGGACUAUCACUAUAAAAUACCAACUGACAAACUAUCUUCGGGCUGUGUGUUCACACGUUCACUGCUUAUCACAGGAAACGCCCAAGCCUGUUGAUAUCAUAUGCAAAAUUAUCAGGGCAAUGAUAAAAUAAUACUCCACUGGGUAAUGCAGUAAUUUCAAUAAAAUUCUAUAAAUAUUACUCUCAAACUGUUUUAUCAUAAAUAAAACGCCUGGCGCUCUUAUUUUGAAGGCUACACCCGUAACAUCCGGGCGGGUACUGGCCGCCUCUCGGUAACUUUCCGCAGUAAACAAGUCCGGAGGACCCCGACAAGCUGCAGCAGUGCCUAAUGCCCACGAUUUGCGCCUUGUGAAUGAAAGUGUGCACAUUACUGAGCUGUUUCUACUCACCGCAGUGAUUAUAGUGCGCACAAACCUCCACACACAGGGCGGUUUGUUUGGCUAGCCGGCUAGCGUGCUAACAUUAGCAGAGAGGAGCGCUAGCUGGCUCCUUACAAACCUGGACACGAUGUCGUUGGUGGACUUGGGGAAGCGACUGCUGGAGGCGGCUCGUAAAGGUCAGGAUGAUGAGGUCAGAAACCUGAUGGCCAACGGAGCUCCAUUCACCACCGACUGGUUGGGGACGUCCCCCCUCCACCUGGCCGCUCAGCAUGGUCAUUACUCCACUGCAGACGUCCUGCUGAGAGCCGGCGUCAGCAGAGAUGCCCGCACUAAAGUGGACAGGACCCCGCUGCAUAUGGCCGCCGCCGAGGGACACACAGUCAUCGUCGAGCUGCUGGUCCGGAGCGGUGCAGACAUCAACGCCAAAGAUAUGCUGAAGAUGACAGCUCUGCACUGGGCAGCUCAGCACGGGCACCAUGGCGUGGCCGAGACCCUAAUCAAACACGGAGCCGAUGUGCACGCACUCAGUAAGUUCGACAAGACGCCGUUCGACAUCGCCGUCGACAUCCAGAACACCGAGUUGAUGCUGCUGUUGCAGGAGGGUAUGCAGAACCAGGUGAACAUGAACCAGGUGAACAUGAACCAGGUGAGCAUGAACGUGGAGACGAGCACCACCACCAACCAGCCUCAGUUCAUCAUCCAGGGAAUACCUGCCAUUCAGGGGGGUGUGGUCAACCUGGCCGAGUUGCUCAACAAGGCCAAUGCAGGAGAUUCCGAGGAGGCGAUGGCGGCCAGUGCUCUGGACUCCAACAUCCAGCACGCCGCUGUUGUCAACGAGGGGGGUCAGAGGGUCAUCACCAUAGUAACAGACCAACACGGCAACCUGCAGACCACCGGAGGGAUGGCACAGCCAUUCUUUGUUACUAUGCAGCACGGACAGCAGAUGCUGGCAGUGCCAGCCAACACAGUGACGGAAGAGGUGGUGACGGAGGAGCCUCAGCCUCCACCCUCCAGGAAGAGGAAGCUGGAGGUGACCAACAACCACAACGAUACAGGAGAGACGGAGUUGUUGCAGAGGCAGCUGCAGGAGGCCAACAGGAAGGCGCAGGAGUACCGACAGCAGCUGCUGCGUAAGGAGCAGGAGGCCGAGGAGUACCGUAUUAAACUGGAGGCCAUGGCCCAGAGUCAGGCCAACAGCACCAGCACCAACACUGCCGCCAUGGCCGCCGCCAACGCUGCAGCCAGCCCCGAGGAGGUGGUGGGAGGAGAGGAGGAUGAGGAGGAGGGGGCGGCUGGCGUGGUGGAGGAAGAGGGAGAGAUGGUGGUGCUGCAGGAUGGAGGCAUCAUCAUGGAAGGGGAGGAGGGUCAGGUGACGCUAGUGGAGACGGGAGGAGAGACAACGGAGGUUAGCUCCUAACAGAGAGGGAGGAGGAGGAGAUGUGAGGAGAGGGUGACACCGACAAAAAGACACGUCAUAACAGGAGAGGGUUGGUUUGACUCGCAAGUUUGCAUCCCAUUUAACAGAGAAUGAUGGAGGGGGAGGAGCUGUGUCACCGUAGGACGAUUUCAAGUGUGCACCAUUUUAAAUCCCUGAAAGAUUUGAUACAGCAGAGAAGAGAGACAAAAUGGCUUCCCCAAAAACAGUAGGACAAGGCAGACUGACUGAAAACAGACUAAACAAACAUGAUGUUGGAUUUCAGUCGUGCACCAUUUUGAAUCCCUGAAAGAUUUGAUACUAACACUUCAGUGAGACAAGGUAAUGGCUUUACCAAGAAAGACAAAACAGUUGGAGGAGAAAGACGGGCUGACAGUGGCCUAAACACAUCGAUGGAUCUCAGUCAUGCACCAUUUUGAAUCCCAUAAAGAUUGGAUACCAACAUGUCAGAGAGGAGAUGCAAAAUGACCUCCCCAAAAAGACAAAGUGGUUGGAAGAGAAAGACGGGUUGAUACAGGACAAACCGAACACAACAGUGGAGUUUAGUUGUGUACCAAUUUGAAUCCUUGAAUGGUUGGAUACCUACACUUCAGAAAGGGAGACAAAGUGGUUUCUCCAAAACGACAAACAGCAUGAACAGAAAGAAAGACUGAAAACAUACCAAGCAAACAUGAUGGAGGAGUUUAGUUAUACACCAUUUUCAAUCCUUGAAAGAUUUGAUAACGAUAUGUCAGAGGGGAGAAGCAAAAUUACUUCCCCAAGAAAACAAAACAGUAGUAAGAAAAAACCGGAGUGAAAACAGACUACACAAACAUGAUGGUAGACUGCAGUAAUACUCCAUUUUGGGUUCCCACUAGUUCUUGUAACUGAAUGCUUAACUGAAGCAAGAUGCAGAAUGGCUGCUGCAGAUGUCAAUGAAGCAGGAUGAAUGGUAUAAAUAGAUGGAGAGGAAUAAGAAAAAGAUAAACUCAGGAGAAGGUGGGACCUUCAGUCGAAGGACAAUUUACGUUUUUUUUGUUUUUCGUAAUCAGUGAUCCCAAACCAAAUCAGACAUAAUGACAUGGGGUUUAGGAAGACAGUACUCCGUGUAUGCAGCCCUGUUUGUUUCCUUAACAUUGCUUUAUGGCUCCAUUUUGCUUCUCCAUCGGACUCGGAGCAAAGGCAGGAUGACUAAACUGAAGGCAGCUGGUUUGUCUAAAACAAGUGAUAUACAUUCAGGAGGAAUUUUGAGUUUUAGUUUAUUUCAACAGAGUUUUGGACACAAAUGGUUAUCCCAACUAGAGCCAUUUGUAUCUCUUUUAUUCAGUUUUACUGGAUAAAUCGCUGAACCAAGAUAGCUGUUUGUCUGAUGCCUUCAUAACUCUAAGUCUUGAUAAUUUGGGACCACGCUGCCCGUUUUGAAAUCCAGUUCCUCAACCCUUGCUGUAGCUUGCACCAUUUUGCUUCCUCAGAAGAAUACAGACAACGACUGAGAGCUGUGAAAGCAAAGAAAAAGCCUUUUCUGUUGUUUCUGGACACUAAAAUAACUCACUCUGAACUGUUUCCCUGCUUUUUGUUAUUUUUUGGCGUAUAGUUUUUGUUUUUGGACGUUAGUUUUCAGAUGUGACUUCAUCAUGUAUCAGGAUGUGACAAACUCAUGAUUUUCUUUUGGAGCGCCAGACAAGAUUUCCCAUUUGCUUCCUGUUUAAUCCCAUAUUAAGUGGUGAAGCCAAAUGGUGACAGUGGAGCAGUUUUCAAAGGGAAAGAUUUUUGGGACACAGCGCUCUGUGUCUCAUGUCCGUAGUGUUUCCAGUUACUCCUCAACAAGCCAACUAAUGUGUGAAUAUAGAAAAAAAAUCAUCUCUGGCUUUGAGUUUGAUAGAGUCCAGGUUUCUGACCUGAACUGAACAGAUCCAUCAUGGAAACCUUUAAGUCAUUCAGUAAUUAUGAUGUUUAUUCUUUAAAACCAACUUUGUUUUCCAUCAUUAACUCAUCAGUGUCUAACAGGGCUGACAGGAGCAAACUCAUAUAGAACUGAAAUUCUCAAUCAUUCUUUACUAUUGAUUAGUCCAUCAAUUAGUCUAUAAAAUGGAAGAAAAUGGUGAAAACCUCAAAUCACUUUGUCACAAUUGAAGGUCUUCAUAUAUUUGGCCAACAGUUCAAAACCCAAAAAUAUAAAAAUAAUAAUAAUAAUGAUAUCAUAUAAGGAGAAAAAUCUAAAUGUUCACAUUUGAGAUGGUGGAAAAUGUGAAUGUUUAUGUUUUUGUUGAAAAACAAUUGUUCAGUGAUUAAUGUUGUGUCAAUAGACUGAUUAGUUGGUUUCAGCUGCACUCAGUUCAAGACUCCACUGUUUAAUUACCAACUCUUUCAAUGGAUACCUAUUAAUAAUCAGCGGAUGUGUUACCAUGACUCUUAAAUUCAUGUUUUCUGAUACAAAAAAAACAUUUUCCUCUGCAUAGGUGAGUUUUAUCUUUCAGGACCUCAUCUGGUUUUUAAAUUGGACUCUGGAUGUUUUUAGCUCUUUAACUACAUAUUGUGUGUAUUUUAUGUCCUGUUGAACAUUUCACACAACGAUUCUUCUGAUUUCUUUUCUCCUUCUGUGCAGCUUUCAGUUUCUAUGAGCAGAUCAAAUUAUCACAGUAAACAUUGGUCAUCUUUAUUUUUUGGUAAAGUUGUGAUGGAGAAAUACAGUUGAGUGUUUAAAACUGAACCUUGUGCUACGUUUAAGGGCAUUGAUUAUUUUCUUGAUUUAUUAAUUGUUUAGACCACAAAAUUUUAGUAAUUGUUUAAAAAAAAAAAGUUCAGAAUUCACUCAAGAACCCAAAUAUAUUUAGUUCAACAUCAUAGAUGACAAACAAGACCUGCGAAUGUUCAUGUUAGAAGCAGGACCUGGAGCAAUUAUCUUAUUUUUACUUAUAAUACUAAUAACAAUUUUAAAGACAUUAAAACCAAUGAAAACUUAAAUAAAGAUAAUAUUCACGUUGGACAGGGUGGAACCAGUGUAUUUUUGACAAUCAAGUAUUUACCGAUCAAUUCUCUGUCUUUGACUAAUAGACUGAUUAAUCAACUAAUUGUUGCAGCGCUAAUGUGGUGAUUAUCAUCUUGAUUAUUUUGGGGAAAUUUUUUUUUCAUCAAACGAUACCAAACUUAAAAAUAUUCAGUUCACUAUAAAAUAAGAUAAAGAACUCACUGAAUCUGGAACAUGGGAGUGUUUCAUUUAUUUCUUUAAAAAGUCACUUAAAGAUCAGAAAUAAUACUAAAUAAUUUUUUCUGUCAAUGGAUGAAUCUGCUGUGACAUUUCAGUCCAAUAGAACCAGUUAUAGAUUUCACCAAACCAGAAACAGAAGCUUUAAACUGAAUCUGAGGCAAAGUUGAAUGUGACAGAUUUGAACAAAACAUUAGUCUCAACUGUAUUUUAAUGUCUCAAAAUCAGCAAAGUUUGCUUUUGCUUUAAAACAUGUAGAACAAAACUGAGGUUGACCAAACACUGACUGUGAUUAAUUGUAUCUCUACAGCAGGUUUUACAUCUGUAGAUUUUAGAAAUGAGCUGAAAUCAGUGGAAGGAAGGAAAUCAGUUUAAAAACUAUAGAGUGAACAAGCAGAAACAGGUUGAAGUCGACACAGUCUGUAGUUGGAGAUAAAACAUCUAAAACCAACAGUGUGGUCCUUAAAGGAGUUUUUGUUGGCCCAGUUUUUCCUGUCUUGGUUCAGUCCUAUUGGGUCCCACGGUGUAUAAUCAGUUAUUGAUUAUUACCUGUCAGCUGAUUGUAAUGUUGGGUAUCUCUUUAGACCACCCUGUAUCCUCUCAGAUGUCUGUCCUGCCCUUUCUUCCUCUGAUCAAUGAGUCUGUCAUUUUUGAGUUGAGUAUGAUAGUUAUUUUUAUAAGCUCAGCGAAGCCAACCUUUUUCUAUGUACAUAUAAAGUUGUAUUUUUUUAACUGUACCUGAAUGCUUCAACAUGAUGAUGAUGAUGAUGAUGAUGAUGAUGAUGAUGAUGAUGGCUGCCUGCAUUGGUAAUCUGAAAUAUAAACACUUGUUUUUUUGAAUAAGA